AAGGGACAGCAGGAUUCUGCCCAGAGCAUGCUACAGUUCAGUGUAAAUUUCCAUCACUUCCAAAAGCAGCAGCACUCAUUUGCAUUGUGUUGUGCUGCAUAGCAUGGGACAAGGUAGUAAAUUGGCUCAGUAAAAUCACAGGUUGAGGGUAUAAACAGGGAAUUUUUUUGUAUAGGGAAGCCUCUUCUCUUGUCACUUGCAUGAACCCACAGCACUAACAUGAUUAGAUUUUUGUCUGAAUAGCAGGAUUAAGUAUGGCCUGAAGCAGGUAAUUACCAUGAUGAUGUAGAAAGGCUUUUUAAAGUCUAUUUUAGUGUCAGAAAAAUGUUUCAUACUCCUGAGUAUGGCAGUCCAUUUUGCUUGUUGCCACCGUAAUCGUUUAAAUUACAGCCUCUUUCAAAAAUAUUAAGUGCCUACAAAUUCAGCUUUUGCUCUUGUAUUUAGGGUUUAAAGUAUAUACCUUUCCAGCAGGAACACAGUAUUUCUUUUCCUCUCUACAACUUGAGCUACAUAGCAGAGAAAAAUCAGUUGUGAUUAUUGUGUGCUUCCUAGUUGAUGUUGUUGAACUGACAAAGCAAAGUGGCCCUGUACAAUUAAGAGAAGUCACAUUUAUCAUUAAAUUUGAAUAUAGCUAGUCUUAUUCUCCCCUUACUUUUGUUGUAGUAAUAGAUGGAAACAGAGAUAGUUCUUGCAUUGGGGGAGAGUAGAAGUGUGUUCAUUUUCCAUGGUGUAAGGCAUCCUGCCUCCCUGCUUUGGAGCAAUAUGUUCUUGGGCUGGCCAGCAUGUGCAAACUGCAGCUAGAAGUUACUGGUUUAAAAGGCAGCAAAUGCCAGCCUGAAGUGUCAGUACCCACAGCACUGCAGAAGUGAGGAGAGUGCUGCCUUUAAUGUUCAAGUACCACAACUCAACAACCUGCUUUUUACAGUCCUCUUGGAACAAGAAGAUGAAUUAUGGUAUUUGUGUUUCCUGAAUAAUAUUAAUUGUAUUAAAUAUUGGAAAAUAUAUUUAAUUUCAUUCUUUGUCAUACUAUAAAAAGAGGCAGAUGCAGAAGGUAAACAUGGUGAUUUAUUUACACUUUCUAUAAAUGUAUGGGCUGACAUGGAAAUUAGUGUCAAAGUUAAUGCCCAUUUUACAAAAUUCUAUUUUGGAUAAUGGGCACUGACAGCAUUUUUCUACUCCUAAGUUUUCUUCUCUGUGGUAAUUUUACCCUCCAUGUUUGUUAAAGUAGUGUAUUUAAUAGUUCUGGCAUUGCCUAUUGUUGAACACAUUAAUUAAUAUGGCAAUUUAAAGUUACAUAAAUUACAAACUCUCAUUCCACUGUCCUAGUUAAAAUCUUGUUUAUACAAAGGCAUUUACUUUAAACCAUUUUAAGCAGUCACAAAUUACUCCUAUUUGCUCAUUACCUCUCUUUUUUCUCUGGAACUUGUGUUCCAGAAGUUAUUAGAGUGUCACCAGCAGUACUCAUAAGCUCACCUGUGGCUAUAGUUGCACAAAUUUUAGGGGUCUUAAUCACACUCUAAGAAGCAUGCAAUUGUUUGAGUUGUUGGCAUGUUCUCUGCACCUUAAGUAUCCUUUUCUGCUUUGGUGACUUCAUAAAAGGUCAUAUUCCUCUUGAUGUGGGUACAGAACAUGGAUAUUUAUGCAUUGCUUUAAUCAAAUACUACAUCAGACUUAAAUGGUUAAUAGUGUGCAUUUUUUAAACUGAAUUUAAUGGUUAUCUGCUAGGAGACUACCUCAAUGAGAGGAAAGAUCAACUAAAAUUGAAUUUGGAUAAGUUGUAUCUGAAGCUGAGCUGGGGAGAUGGAUUAUCAAGAUUCAUUGGCUUACAAAUAGAUCUGCUUGGGCUUUACAUUGGACAAUGAAAAAAGAGGGCAAAUGACCAGGCUGGGAAGGGUGGUGGACAGCAAAGCAAAGUAUUGCCCUCAGCUGUUUCUGAUAGUAGUGCUGGCAGCACAGCAACCAUCUCUCCAAAAGGAGAAGCCUAAACUUAGAAUCUUGUCAGAGCUGCGAGCACGGUGAGAUUGGGAGCUCAGAGCAGGGAGGAUGGGGUGAAGCUACAGCCUGGCCACUACAGGUCCACAGCAGCCUGCUUGUCUUGUAGGCUCUGUGGCAUGUUCAGCUAAAUCUCCAGCCUCGGGGUAAUCUUGGCUCAGUUUUCAAGUCUUAUCUAGUUUAUUGCUGCUGUUUGUUCCUGCUGCUCUCAGCUGUACAACAAUUCCAUCAGAAAUGCAGUGACACAGAUGUUGUGUUUUACCCUGUGUUCCUCUCAAAAAUUAAUUAGGAAUUCUUCAGCAUGCUUGGAUGGAAGUUCACAUUUUUGGACAGCUAGUCCUAAAGGUGACUAUGGUGUUUUUAAGAAGUCAGCCUCUGCACUUUAGGAUCAGGUUUGAGAAGGUAAAAUGACAGAUUGUUACAAAGAAACAAACUUAGAAAUCUCAUGGAAUUCUGAAAACAGAAUAAAAAAUGUGGAUCACUUCUGAAGAGAGGGAAAUAUUACAUCGUUCUUUUCACUAUUGUAGGGUUAGUUUCCACAAAACCAAUAGGAUUAAAGAGGUUGCUAUUGCUAAGUAUUUAACCUCACCUACUUACAUGGAAUUAACUUUGCAUAAAAGUUAAAAUUUUUGCAUGUAAGCACAAGGUGAAUUCAAAUGCAUUGGAGAGUUUGAGUAGGUGGCAGCCUAAUGUAUGCUUUGAGUUUCAGGAUGCACAGAGCUCAUUCAUGAAGCUGAAACACUGCAGCCUGAAGAGCAGAAAGGCUCCAGGAGAACAAUUUCAGUGCAAUUGUGGCUGCACAGAGCACAGGUAAUAACUGAAGACGGCCUCACAGCAGGAGAGUGAGAUCAGAUUGGCAGUGCAGCAGUGAGUGGCGUGACUGAAGACAAGAUAAAAAGCAGGCUACAGCCAAAGGUGUGAGCUUCAUAUUUUCUCCCUGAAACGACGUUACAGCUGAGGAGUUCAAGAUGAUUCCAAAUUACUCUACUGAAGAAACUGUUAAAAGAAUCCACGUGGACUGUCCUGUUUCAGGUCGGCACAGCUACAUCUACAUUAUGGUUCCAACCGUUUACAGCAUAAUCUUUAUCAUAGGCAUAUUCGGGAACAGCCUGGUCGUUAUCGUCAUUUACUGCUACAUGAAACUAAAAACCGUAGCCAGCAUCUUUCUUCUCAACCUGGCCCUGGCUGACUUGUGCUUUUUGAUAACGCUGCCCCUGUGGGCAGCCUACACGGCCAUGGAGUACCAGUGGCCUUUUGGCAACUGUUUGUGCAAGCUGGCCUCGGCGGGGAUCAGCUUCAACCUGUACGCCAGCGUGUUCCUGCUCACCUGCCUGAGCAUCGACCGCUACCUGGCCAUCGUGCACCCGGUGCAGUCGCGCGUCCGCCGCACCAUCUUCGUGGCCCGCGUGACCUGCAUCGCCAUCUGGCUGCUGGCCGGCGUGGCCAGCCUGCCCGUCAUCAUCCACCGCAACAUCUUCUUCGCUGAGAACUUGAACAUGACGGUCUGCGGCUUCCGCUACGAGAGCAACAACACGACGCUCCGGGUCGGGUUAGGGUUAUCCAAAAAUUUGCUGGGCUUUUUAGUUCCUUUUCUGAUCAUAUUAACAAGCUACACCUUAAUUUGGAAGACUCUGAAGAAGGCGUAUCAAAUUCAAAAAAAUAAGACUAGAAACGAUGAUAUCUUCAAGAUGAUUGUAGCAAUUGUGUUUUUCUUUUUCUUUUCCUGGAUUCCUCAUCAAGUCUUCACUUUUCUGGAUGUGUUGAUCCAAUUACAUGUAAUAACAGAUUGCAAAAUCACCGAUAUUGUGGAUACAGCUAUGCCCUUCACCAUUUGUAUCGCUUACUUUAACAACUGUCUGAAUCCCUUUUUUUAUGUUUUUUUUGGAAAAAACUUUAAAAAAUACUUCCUUCAGCUAAUAAAAUACAUCCCACCAAACGUCAGCACACAUCCAAGCCUCACAACCAAAAUGAGCUCCCUCUCCUAUCGGCCACCAGAAAAUAUCCGCUUGCACACCAAAAAGACUGCCGGGCCUUUCGACACCGAUUGAGGCAUUUCACAAAGUUCUUCUUUUGAACAACCUUGCGAAGCAGCAAGAACAACAAGAUUCAUCUGCAGUCCUGAACAUCACAGCUCAUUACAGCAACACUGGAUCACCUCAGAGAAAUCUUACUGUAAAGAGUCAGCAGUGGCCUUUCAGCUCAUGUUGUAAAGAGGACUGCUUCAUUUGCAUUUGGUUUUUCUUUACUGAAAGCAGCCUAAGUGUUGGACAGGUGUGUCAGAGUUCCUGCCACAUCCCACCGUUUGCUUGGAACUACGAAAGAAGGGGAGGGAAAACUCCUAACUUUAGUUCACAGGUGUUUCAAAAGGAAAAGCUUCUAUAAAUAACAUGAAACACAAAGAACCUGACUUGCAUAUAUGUGAGUUAUUCUGUUGAAGAAGUGAAGCUUUGUUUCUUGUUUUGUUGGUUUAUUUUUAAUUACAUAAAUGUCCUAUAAUCAUAUUUAUAAUAUAUUUUCAAAUAUAUGCUAUAUAUAGAGGCCCAAUUUUAAACUCAAAUGGAAAUUUAAGGUCCUUGAAAUUGGUCUUAUUCUGAUUUAUGCUACUAUUUUUUUAAUGGCAAUUUUUUCAUAAUAAUAUAUGCAAUAAAAUGCAGAUUUAUUUAUUAAAUAUAGAAUAAAUAUAUUUUUAGAUUUAUAUUCCUACUCAUACAUUUCAAACACUGCUUCAGAAAUGUACAUUUAUAUCUCAAGGGGUAUUUUUGUAGUAGUUAAAAAAAUAACUAUGUGCACAGAAACAGGGUUCACUCAGCCUUUCAUGAUAAGCCCUGACUUUGAAGAACUUUAUAUACAGAAGGAGUUGACUCCAUACUCUGUAUGACUAAAAUUAAAAAAAUUCAAAUUCCUGCACAUUUAUUAAACUCAUAUACCGAUAAGCAAAAAUAUGACAAUGCUUAUGCAUCAGUUUAACUAAUAAUACUUUUAGUCCCAUCACAAAACAUCCAAGAUCAAACUUUACUUGGCUUUUAUGGAAUCUCUCUCCAUUUAUAUAAAAUUAUGCCCAAGGUAUUUUCUCACUGUACAACAUUUUUUUAUUUAUGUGGAACAAAUUCAGAUUUAUACUAGCAUAAAUCAGAACUAAAGUCUGGCUCAAAGUCUCAUUACAAAUCAAGAGGAAAGGUGACAAGCACUGUGGGAAGUUUCCACCAAUGAUAUCCUCAUAUGUGUCUUUUUCACCUCAAAUAAUGAGCUUCAGAUAAUAUUUAUGCCUGAUUCACACCCAUUUAUUGUCCUCAAAGAUAAUGAGUUCAUAAAUAGUUUUUGACACUACAAAACUUACGAAAAAAUCAAAAACUUUGCAUAUAUCAUGUGGAAAAUCACAUGUUCCUUAAAAAAUUAGAGUAUUUACUAUUUUCAAAAUCACACCUCUAAUGUGGCUUUGUCUCAAGUAGCGAGUGGUUGGAUUAUCCAUAUUUUCUGAUGAUCAAAAUCAAAACACACAAAACAGUUAUUUCUGUAGUUUAAUACUUCUUAAGGAAAAAAUGGGCCUACAACCAGAUCUAGAAAUCUUCCUACUCUUUUAUUCACUUGUACUAGGGAAGUUUUUUUCAGUUUUGCCUCUGUUCUUCCAGCUGCAAAAAUGGGAACAAUGUGUCUACUCACAUACAUUGCAAGGCGCUGUGACGAGUCACAACUUCUAAAGCUGUAUGAUAAAAAAACCUCUUUUUCAUUAAAAUUUUAAGUUAAUUGCAAGCUAGCAUCUUGACAUUUGAAGCCUGAAUGUCAUUUAACUAUGUCAUUUAAAGACAUAUUUAAAUUGUUAUACUGAAUUCUUUCUAUUUAGCUCACAUGUGAGACAGCCAUUUGCUUAAAUUGAAUAUGGCAAUAACCCGACGCAUUAUCAAUAGCACAGAAGAGGACCGGUGCCCUAAGCUGACAAAGCUAUCUAAGCUGACAAAGGACUGGCAGAGAUUGUCAUUUAUCUGUAUAUUUUGUUCAUGGACACACAUGCUGAGCAGCAUCGGGGGCUUCCCCUGGCAGAAGCAUCUCUGUCCAGCCAUAAUUCUGUGUGCUGUGCUUGCCACCUGCUGGAUGCAGCCACAAAUUUGCUUUACAUCUCAAAAGUUGUUACAGGAAGAAACAGCAACACUUCCCUGCCGCCUGAAGGAUCUGAAGAUCCUCACUGUGGCAAAACUCCUUGCCACAAACUUGUCCAUCUGAGAAGCCAGUAACUUCCUUGACAGGGUCUAAGCAAGCGUUUUCUCAUCACCUGCUCAUCCCUUCAGUCACUGAAACCCAGCGUCCCCCAGUGACCACAACAGGGAGCUCAUUUGCAAAACAUUGACUGCAUUACUACAGGAGUCAUCUCAAAGAGAAGACAUAAAAAUCAAAGCCAUUGGUUACUGAUCUUGAUCGUUUCAUGCCAGAUCCUGCAGUUUUAAGAGGCUGUGUAUCCUAAGCUACUGGUGCCACCUGCAUCUGCCUGUGCCAUGUGAAAAAGCAGGAGCAUGCACAUUCAGCUGUGUCACUGCAGGAAAGGUAGGAAGGGACUGCACCUGGUGUGCUCCGAGGGCAGCACAGACCUUGAAUCGAUAGGCAAAGAAAGUGGAGGGGAAAGCUUUCCUAAAUAACACAGGGAAAUUUCCUUACUCCUAAGGAGUAAGGAAACAAUCAUCAGCUGCCAAAUAUGCUAGCUCCUUAAAAGAAAAAAAAAAAAAAAUCAGCAGAUAGCAGAUACUGGAAAGCCACUCUAACUGGGUAACAGCAAGAAGUAAAUUCCUUGAAGCACAGAGUUACUGUGUACAACCAGAUGCUGCAGUUUCACAACACCCCAAACUGACAGCCAAGGGAAGAGCCCACAGGAUGGGCACCCACACCACUUCCAUCAUGUAUCUGCACCCAAGGCAGGUGCUGGGAAAUGUGUUAUUGCUGAGCCUUACACUCCCCUGCCCACCUGUGUGUGGGGCAGGCAGAGCACAGGCGAGGCAGAGGGACAGUCUGGCCUUUGCUGGGGACCCUUGGCCCUGUGGUCCCUACUGAGGGGCAGAAUAUUCUUUAGGGCAAGGACCUACCCAAUGCCAGCAAAGGACGGAGUAAGAUUUGGCUCUGUAUGACUUUGCCAUCUCUGGGGAACUUUGGAUUGAGUCCUCUAAUAUCAAAAGAAAACUGGUAGAUGUUUAAGAGCAAACUCCCAUUACCUCAAAAACCACAAAGCUAAAACUAUUAAUAUGCAAUAGUAUGCAGUUAUUUUUAAAAGAAGUAUCCACAGUGCUUUUCAUUGCUGUGAUGACCAGAGUAAAAUGCUACAAACUCUUAGUCUGUCCUUGUACCUCACUGUGUUGUGAGGAGCCCAAGACAGUACUAAUGGGAACAGCAUAUAACCCUAAAUACAGGCAUUACAACCCCCAUUCCACCACAAUUUGAUUUAUUUGAAUGAACAAUUUUUUUUUUUGCUGAAUAAUUACUCAAUUACAUAUUUGACAUGUACAUGCAUAUUAUCUAUUUCUAUUUGUUGUGCAAUAGUACUUAUGUGACUCAUGUUUUGUGCUCUACUCCCUGCUUGUACGCCCAUCCUAAAUCAUACUGUAUAAUCUACACUGGUUAGCCCAAAUUCCAACAAAAUCAUUACAGAUAGAGCAGGAAUUAAUCUGGCUUCUCAGCCUAACAAUUUCCUCGUGUUUACAUUGUUAAUCAAGAGGUUGCAGAGUAAGCACAAGACCAAAAGUCCUUUACCUUGCCAGCAUUACUAUUUAGGUGAUAGUUUCCUUUGUCUACUUGAAACUGUGACAGCACCAGAGAAUACAGUAAGUUUUCUAGUUUUGCUUGAAUAGCUUCAGCAAAGGUUUCUUUUGAUAAACCUGACCUCCUUUUUAAGUAUACUGAAGUGCAGGUAUUCCCAGGGAAAUAUUUGCCACUGCAAGGAGAAACAAAUCCUUGGGAGAGGGUGGUUGAAGGCCUAAAACAGGGACUUGUUGAAUUUGUAAAUAUUAAGUGUUAAAUGUAAAUAUUUAUUUUUGGUUUUGCAACAGACUGGAGGGAAAAACACACACACAAAGAAUAAAUCAUUCAGCUUAGUGCAAAGCCAGGGCUGUUCUAUCAAUCACUGAGUGCACCUCCACAGCGACCUCCCAGCCAAGGCUGAGCUAACAAAUCCUCAAUGCUACAGCCCAGCCCAAGCUCAGUGUCACCAGGGAGCUCUGCAGGUGUGGCAGGACACUCGAGGAACAGGGACAGAGCAGAUCAUGUCUGAGAGUUGAGUGAUCUUUUUAGUGGACUAGUGCCAUGGGCUCCAGCUUUGUAUUUGGAAAGUUAGGUAACAAAAUCUAGGUAUUAUUUUCUUUUCAAUAUUUUUGUGCAGUUGCAAUUUGUGACUCAUGGAUGUUAAUUGUUUUCUCUUUCAAUAGCCAUAGUUUUAUAUUGUAGAAGUUUACCUCGAUUAUAUAACAACUUUCACUGUCUGAAGUAUUACUGAAAACAUACAGGUCAUCAAUAAAUGUCAUUGUGAAAGUCAUCUCCACUUCUGUGUUGAGCACCCAAAGCAAAGAGAUCUGUUUCUGUGUUGUUGUAAGUACUAUACUGUUAUCUGUAUAACUACAGCUAUAUAUAUGUAUAUAGAAAUAAUUUUUAGGCAAUAUCAUCCUUAAAGUAUUUCUGUAACUUUUUUUACCACUAUUCCUCAUUGCUUUUAACCUCUAUCCUCACCCAGCUCUCCCUUAAAUCUUUGAGAUUAACAGGUUGUGUCUGCAAUUCUUAUUGGAGAAAAUACCUAGGUAGCUCCAAAAUCACUUGUAGAACAGCAGUUCAGUAAUUCAUUUCUGUAUCCCAGAACAGACUAAGCUAAUGAAGUUUACUUGGAGUGGAGACUUAGUAAAUUCCUAAUUUUCCUACAUACAAAUUGGAGUUUGAAGCCAAAUUUAGGCUUAGCCUUUUAGAAAGUAAAUUUAAUUUUAGGGACAGAUUUAUUUAGAAUACUGUGUUAAACACAGGAUCACAUUACAUUAUCAAUAAUGGCCUUGAACAGCCUGACUCAGGCUGCCUGUAGCUGAGUAUUCGAUGUAAAUAGAUCCACUUGGAAUGUAAGCAGUGCCACAUCAUACUGCAGCUGCAGUGGGAGCAGCUUCAUGUUCCAGAAGGGAACCUGAUGAUAACAAGAUAUGAUAAUAAGAAGGGAUAACAAGAUAUGAUAAUAUGAUUGGGGAGGGGAGGAGGGGUUGACAGUGAAAAGAAUGGUAGAUUGGAUUUUGCCAUUUCCAAUUUGUAUGAAAAUAAAAUAGAACUCAGUCCCUGCAUAUCCCUGUUAAAACUCACUUCAUACCGUGUCUUACAGUGUCACAUAAAAAAGUGAAAAACUGUUAAAGGUUAGGCCUGUGAAAUUUUUAUAGUUUAUCUACUGUAUAACUUAUUUUCUAUGUAUAUUAGUUAUUCCUGAGCUUUGUGUACUGGUAGUGUUGUUAGGCUGCAACUAAGCAAAGGCUCUGGGGCAGGAGGACAGACAGAGUCCUACCUUGAAGCUUUAUCAUGAGCGAUCAGAGGUUAAGAAUUGUUAGAAAAGGAUGGAAAGCAAAGACUGUUGCUGGACAAAUACAAAACUGUAAAGAUAAUUAACCCCAUUAAGUAGCAUUUUAAGAAAAAUUUUUGAACCAAAGUCAGACAGAUAAUUAAAAAUAAAACAAAAAAAAAAAUACUGAAAGAGAACUUCUACUCCACUUGGAAUUACAGAGAAUUUCAAGCAUCUCCAACUCAUAUUCUCAAGCAAAUGCAAACCUGGCCAUUUCUGUGAAAUUGAGUAAAUAAACAGAAAAGUUGAAGUUAAAAGAAGUGUGUAAGAUACUAGCAGCCAUUUUGUUGCUAUUGACUUUUCUUUCAGAAAAAAAAAAAAAAAAAAGUGGAAUUAUGCACUUGAAAUCCAUCAGUUAAAUACAUGCCCAGGAAAGGGAAACAACAUAUUGCCUAUGGACUUAGAUGAGCUUUGCAUACCAAGCCUGAAUCCUCCUCCUGCUUAGCUAAGCCUGAAUCUUCCUCAUGCUUAGUUUAUCACAUGGUGCACAACUACACCAAAAAAAAAAAACAACACCCCAAAACAGCUAAACCAGAACACAAAACAGAAAUAAAUUAAUUUUGUGAAAAUAUGUAUUACAGCAGUGCUAUUUAAUUUUCAAAUCACCUAUUAAACACUAAAGGAUCUAAAAUAAAUGACUAUAAACUUGUUAAAGUAAAUUUUAAGCUUCUAUAAGGAUUAUGUUUUGCACUGUAAAAAGAUCAGGAAUGAGAAGCAAGGUUCCAGACCCAAAGCCCACUGUCUGUACAGCAGCACCUAUAAAGUGAGGCCACGUGUAUGAUUUGCAGGAUGCCUUUCAAAGGCAAGACAUAAAUAAGUGCACCUGAGGUGGAAUGUCACCUGCCAGAGCAUUGUUAAUGUUGAACAUGAUUUUUGUGACGUGAUUAUUCCAGAUACAAGUGGAAAGAAGCAGUAGAAAGGCAUACUCUGUAUACUAGACUACUAUACAGUACCAUUUUUACAUGUUAAAUUCUGAAAAAUUAUAUUUCUGGCAUUUUUUAUUUUCUCUGCUUAUCUGUGAUGGUUCUCUAUAUUAUGAUCUGUCAUUUUUACAUGCACUGUUCUGUUUAAAAAGAAAAUAACACAUUUUCAACAGCUUUCUGUCUAACACAACUUCAAAACCAGUAACCUUUUUCACAGAGCUGUCUACAUCAGACUGAUUGUAUUUUGAAAUACUGAAAAUAUUAAAACAAUACAAAAUAAC